CUUCGACACCACGAGUUGAAUGGCAACGGCGGUUGUCACGCAUUCGGAGACCAUGCGUGUAACAUCACUACUACGCCCGACGGCCCGCUGCCUGGCACGGCCAACGACACAGGCUAUCGCUCAGCGACAGCCAUGGCUUCGUAGCCUCGCCACAAGCACGCAACAGACCACAUUCGGCAAGCCUGAAGCGUCGGAAAAUGUUCUUGCCAAGAACGAGCAGGACGAUCCGCGAUACCCUCGAAGCAUACAAGCCCUCUACCUUCAACCUCUCCGACGCGAGGCCGAAUAUGGCAUUCCAUCAUGCGACCUUCAGCUGCGCUCAUACAGUUUGAGGAACCUUGAGUUCUUCGCCGAUUUUGCCCUCCGUGCCGCCUACUACCUCAAGCUUCCGGCUUUUGGCCCCGUGCCUCUUCCCCGAAUCACCGAACGAUGGACAGUCCCGCGGAGUAGUUUUAUCUUUAAGAAGUCGCAAGAGAAUUUUGAGCGCGUCACGUUGCGUCGCCUCGUCCAGAUCCGUGACGGGAAUCCGGAGACCGUGCAACUUUGGCUAGCGUUUCUGCAGAAACACGCGUACUACGGCAUCGGCAUGAAGGCCAAUGUCUGGGACUUUGACAAGCUGGGCGUUGGCAAGACCAUGGACACCAUCGACCAAGCUGCUGGCGAGGUCAUCGAGUCCAAGUGGAGCCACCUGGGUCAAAAUCGGGACCUGGACACAGUCAAGAAGGUGGAAGAGUUCUUAGACAAGGUAAGAUUCGAUAUCGACAGUGACAAACGGGCAGAAGGUGAGCGCCGGUUUGUCCAGGGCCGGUACAAGCGGGAGGAGGCGCUCAAGAGAAAGGAGGCAGCGGCGGCAGCAUCAGAUGCCGACUCUUGAGAAUUUGGAAGGGCUCCAUUGAUAAUGAUGGAUGCGGCGAUCAGUCGAUUUGUACUACGUAUCUAGAUGGGCCUUAUGCGCCUCUGUAUAUCAUAGCGAGAACCCGUAUGAAAGGGUGUUUCCAGAAAUAAUCCACCUGUCGCCAUUGUCCC